AUGGAUAAUAUAGAAUUUGACAACUUUGAAGAUAUUAAGGAUUUCAAUGAUUUAGUGGUAAAUAGUAUUUUAAAGUUUGAAUAUGAUCAUAUAAAAAUAGAAAAAGUUACUAAAAGAGAAAAUAUUAUUGUGUUUGGGACAAGAGAAAAAGAUCAAAAACCUGUUGUAAUUAAAUAUAUAGUAAGAGAAAAUAAAAAAAAUAAAGAAAAUGUUGAAAAUAUUGAAAAUAAGGAAAAUAAAGGAGAUGAAGAGGUAAAAGCUUUAAAAGAACUUUCAUAUCACCCAAAUUUAAUAUUAUUAUUAAACUCGGUAAGUAAUAUUACUGCUACUACUAUCUGUGCUUCAAAAAAAAAUGAUAGAAACAUUAUUUUAUUAGAAAAGGGAUCAAAAAUUAAAUUUUAUAAAAACGAUAAUGAACCAAGUGAUGAUUCAAAUCAUCUUUUAAAAUCAAUUUUUUGUCAAUAUGUUGUAUUUUUAAGUUUUGGGCAUAGUGUUAAAAGAUUUCAAAGAGAUGUUAAAUUAGAUAAUACUGUUCUUCUCCCGCCCGUUUUUUUAGAUCAAACACCAUAUUUAAGGGUUAUUGAUUUUGAAUUAUCAUCAAGUAUAACUUUAUUAGACAACAAAUUAUAUCCAGAUAGAGCCAGAGGAACAGAAUUUUAUGGUUUAUUAGAGGAGAGGUUACAUCAUUUGCAUUUAGCAGAAACUUAUUUUCUAUGUUCAGCUUUUAGCAAUGUUGAGUCAUUACAAGAAAAAGGUUUUACAGUAGAAAAAAGUGAAGUUCAAGAAAUAGAAGACUUGUUGAAGCAUAAAGGUGUAACCCUUUUUGAAAGUUCAGUUUACAUUUUACCAGAAAAAAUCCCUGGAGAGGAAUAUCUAAACGAAAAAUUAAAAGCUGUUUUGGAAGAGAUCAAUUAUAAUUUUGAAAUUUUACGUGAAGAGUUAAAUGAAUCAGGAACAUAUUCAUACUCAAAAGUUUAUUUGGAUAGGUGUGAGAAUAAAUUUUCAUCACCAAGUAAAGAUAAAUCUUCAAAAGAUUUAUUUGAUAGUUUCGAAUCAGAAAUGAAAAAAUAUCAAAAAAAAUUAACCGAUUGCGGGUAUUAUUCCAAAAUUGAAGAACAUAAAAUAAAAAAAUUUGGUUUUGGUGAUAUUGAUGAAAAAAAUAUUUUGUUUAAAGAUAUGGAGGAGGCAUUUGGUUUUGAAUUCGAGCCACUCAAUGAUAAUGAAAAUAUUUUUGAUGGAGAUUAUAUCGAAUCAGAAAUGAAAUGUUUAAAAUCCAUUGAAGGGAUUACAAGUAUUGGUAAUUUAAUUUUAGAAAAUAACAAAAAUUCCUCAUUAGAAAAGAAACGAGAAGAAAAAUUUUAUUUAGACAAUGGUGGAGAAAUUGGCAAACUUGAAAGAGAAAUAGUAGAAACACAAAAAAAGAUAGAUUUAUUAAAUUCCGUAUUGCCAUAUUUAGAAAAAGAAAAAAAACCAUCAAAAGAGGAGAUUUCAGAAUUAAAACUAGAGUGUGUAGAACUAAUAAAUGAUUAUUUUGACACAAGAAAUCAAGUAUUAAAGGAUACGAAGAGUGUUAUGGACGAAAUAAUACAAAUAACCAAAGAAAACGAAAAAAGUGAAAUAAUUUUAAAAUUACUUAAAUUAAAACAUGACGAGUUAGAAAGAAAUAAAAAUUUAAAACAAUUUUAA